GUCUGAUUCUGUAUUCUGAUUCGUUUCGGUUUUGGCUUUCUCAAAAAACGAAACCAUGAAACUUAACCUGAACGUGUGGGUACCCACUUGUUAAUCGUGCGUCUGUAUGCAUUCAGUGAAAUGGCAGAAGCGAGUAUUUCAGAAGACCAGUUCUGCUGUCCAGUCUGUCUGGAUCUACUGAAUGAUCCAGUGACCAUUCUCUGCGGACACAGUUACUGUAUAAGCUGUAUAACAGACUGCUGGAAUCAGGAUGAUCAGACGGGAAUCUACAGCUGUCCUCAGUGCAGACAGGCCUUCACUCCAAGGCCUGUUUUAGGUAAAAACACCAUGCUGGCUGACGUGGUGGAGAAACUGAAGAAUACCAAACUCCAGUCUUCUGGUCCUGCUCAGUGUUAUGCUGGACCUGAAGAUGUCGAGUGUGACGCUUGUACUGGAAGAAGAUACAAAGCCGUCAAGUCCUGCUUGGUGUGUCUAAACUCUUACUGUCCGAAUCAUCUGGAACAACACGAUCGUUUCUUUAAAGACAAGAGGCACUCUUUAAUAGAUGCUACAGGACGACUGGAUGAGCUGAUCUGCUAUGAGCAUAACAGACCGCUCGAGGUCUUCUGUCGAACUGACCAAGAAUGUAUUUGUUUUAUGUGUAUGAUGGAAAGCCACAAAAACCAUGACACUGAAAGAGCUUCAGCAGAGAGGAGAGACAAACAGAGACAGCUGAAGGAAAGACAGAAAAAAUUCAAGAGGAGAAUCCAGCUAAAAGAAAAGAAGCUUCAAGAGUUGAGAGAUUCUGUGGAAUCACACAAGCGCUCUGCACAGGCAGCAGUGAAGGACAGUGAGAGAAUCUUUACUGAGCUGAUCCGCUCCAUUGAGAGAAGCCGCUUUGACGUGACACAGCUGAUCAGAGAACAGGAAAAGGCUGCAGUGAGUAAAGCUAAAGGACUCUUGGAACAACUUGAGCAGGAGAUUGAUGAUCUGAGGAGGAGAGAUGCUGAACUGGAGCUGCUUGCACACACAGAUGAUCACAUCCAUUUUCUUCAGAGGUUCCAGUCUCUCUCUGCCCUUCCUGAAUCCACAGAUCUAGACAGCAUCACUGUCAGUUCUCACUUGUCUUUUGAUGAUGUGGAAACAAAAGUCACUCUGCUAAAAGGGAAACUUGAAGAUUUCUGCAAAGAGGAGAUAGAAAAUAUAUUGAAUAGAGUGAAAUAUAUCCAGAUCAUCCUCCCUCCUAACCCCAAGACCAGAGAGGAGUUCCUACAGUAUUCCUGUCAACUCAGUCUAGAUCCAAACACAGCAUAUAAAAGCCUCUUUUUGUCUGAGCAGAACAAAAUUGUUAUUAACACUAACACAGACCAGCAGUAUCCUAAACAUCCAGACAGAUUUAGCCUUUGUCCUCAGGUGUUGUGUAAAGAGAGUGUGUGUGGACGCUCUUACUGGGAGGUUGAGUUGAGAGGAACAGAGGAUAAUUGGGUGGCUAUAUCAGUGGCCUAUAAGAGCAUUGGCAGGAACGGAAAUACUUGUUUGUUUGGAUGUAAUAAUCAGUCCUGGGGAUUGUUAUGCUGUUCCUCUGAUUACUCCAAGUUCUGCCACAAUAAUAAAAAACUGAACUGCCCUAUAAGCUCUUCUAAGAUAGGAGUAUAUGUGGAUCACAGUGCAGGAACUUUGGCCUUCUACAAUAUCUCUAAUAAAAUGACCCUCAUUCACAGAGUCCAGACCACAUUUACUCAGCCUCUGUAUCCUGGGUUUAGGGUAAAUGAUGGGUCAGCAGUAAAACUUUGUGAUCUAACAAUGUAAUUAGAUUCUGUAACUAUUAUAUCACAGCCUUGAAAUAACAGUAGGAUGUUAUUUAAACAGUAAGCUAUAGUCUCUUACAAUUUUUAUUAAGAACUUGAUACAUAUUAGAUUAUUAGCAUUCUCUGUCUAAUAAUAGUUGUUUUGUACAUGUUAGAUACAGCUUGAGGCGAUCAGCUUCAGUCUAAUAUCAAAAGUCAGCCAGGUUCUCUGCAUCUGUAUCUGACAUUGUGAAGCAUUCAGAUAAAUUCGAAUCUGUUUUGAUUACUUUUUUUUAGUAAUUGCCUUGUUUUGAUUUUAUUUGAACAUAUGCUUCUUAUUUACUGUACUUCUUAUAUACUUGUAUGUUUAAAAUGCAUUGCAUUAUUUGUUAUUUGUAUAAUUAGACGCAUCAAAUAAAAUUAAAGGACUCAACAAUAACAUAUUAAAGUGUGUU